AUGUAUCAAGACGGCAAACGUGACUCCAAAGACAGCCACGGCAAAACUGUCGAUGUGAAACCAGUCAACGAUGAACAGUCAAUCGUGAUUGGGGGCAUUUUAGUCGACGAUGAGACAUAUGCGGCCCGAUCAAAAAGUCUUGUCCGGAAACUCGAUAUGACCCUGAUGCCCAUGAUUUUCAUUUUGUACAUGUUCAAUUACCUCGACAGGAAUAACAUUGCUCAAGCAAAACUGGAUAAUCUUGAGAAAGACCUUGGAAUGAGCGGCAAUGACUAUAAUAUUGUGCUUUCAAUUGUAAACGUUGGCUACAUGUUGAUGCAGAUUCCGAGCAACAUGCUCCUGACUCGAGUCCGGCCCUCUAUAUACAUACCAUGCUGGGUAUGCAUAUGGGCCUGUAUCUCAGCUACGUGUGGUGCUGCUCAUAACCUAACCCACAUGGUUGUAAUUCGGAUUUUCCUUGGACUCUCAGAGGCACCAUUCUUUCCCGGCGUCUUCUACCUGCUAUCAUGCUGGUAUACGAAGAAAGAACUCGCUUUUCGAUAUGCGUGUCUGUAUUCAGGUCUGAUUCUCGCUACGGCUGUAUCUGGACUUUUGGCUGCUGGCAUUUUUGCCGGUCUAGGAGGCGUUGCUGGCAUCCCCGGCUGGCGGUGGCUCUUCAUCAUCGAAGGCGCCAUCACCUUCUUACUUGGAAUAGUAGCAUUUGUUUUGCUGCCUGAUUUCCCUUCCUCAACAGGCCGAAAGUGGCUUUUCACGAAGGAAGAACAGGAAGUUGCUGUUAUAAGGAUGAAAAGAGAUGCCAUCUAUGAUCAGCAGGAGGAGGGUACUUCUAUCUGGAAAGGCUUGAGAGAUGCUGUAAAGGAUAAGCGAGUCUGGAUAUUUGCCCUUAUGCUGUGUUCCAACCAGUCCUCCUACGGCUUCAACUAUUUUUAUCCUGCUAUCGUCCAAGGAUUUAAUCUAGGAAGCCGGACUAUUACCUUGGUCUGCACGGCUCCUCCUUACCUACUUGCCGCACUCAUCAACCUAGGCAAUGCCUGGCAUAGUGAUCGCAAAAGCGAGCGGGGUUUCCAUAUCGCAAUCCCGAUGAUGACAGCUGUUGUCGGCUUCAUUAUCAGCGUUUCAGUUCUGAACAUACCAGCUCGCUAUGUAGCAUCAUUCCUCUACGUCUGUGGCUGUUUUGGUGCAAAUGCAGCCUUCUACAGCUGGGCGGCGUCGACAGUUGCCCAGACUCCCGAGAAGAAGGCGUGCGCUAUGGCUAUCAUCAAUGUAACAGGACAGUUUGGCAGUCUCUGGAGCCCCUACUUCUUUGAUCCCAACGACCAGCCGCGCUACACGAGAGCCAUGAUCCUCCUGAUGGCUUUUGCGCUCUUGGAGGUCUCGCUAUGCUUUCUGAUGAAGUUUCUCUUGCGCCGAGAGAAUAAGAAAAUCCUGCAGGCUUGUGAGGCCAGUGGUUCUGGGACUAUUCCCAAUCUUUUUGUGCUCUAA